AUGUCCAUAUUUUCAUCAUGGCCAGUCCGCGGUUUCCUUGCACGAAAUACCGAUCAUUUCUUUUGUCUCCGGAGAUCAUUUUGCGCAACAGGCUUGAAAUUGCAGAAUGGUCCACUGCCCCCGUCGUCAUCGCAGUCCAAUACUAUCGACAUUGAAGGGCCCAGUGUCAAUCCCAAUGAUUUGCAGCCGUUGAAUCGACCUUUAGGAGUUCAGGAGAGGCCUACGACGGUAGUGAAGACGAGAACGGAGAAAAUGAAAGCUUUAAUGGAUCAGGAUGUGCGGCUUGCGGAACGGAGGCAUCUGUACGGUUUUGACUUGUACGGUCGUAGAAUCAAAGAGGCCAGUAAAGGCUACUUUCACGACAUGAACAUGACGCGAAAGCAUGGCGGAAAGACCUGGAUUGCCCCCAAGGUCCUCAUUCGCGAGGACAAAGCCUUAUAUCUACCCAACAUCUCUGGCAAGAGCUUAGCUGAUAAGAUGAAGAAGAAUACGACAACGAUGUGUUUUGGACGCAUUACCGUGCUUGCGAUGUUAGGCACGCAAAUUUCAGAGCUUCAUGUCAAAGGCUUUGUUGACGCGACAAAUGCGCGCUUCUCUUCAAAUCCCCUUUAUCAAUAUGUUCAAAUCAAUUUGCAAGAAAACCUUCUUAAAUCAUUCCUUGUGAACCUCUUCGCCAACUCCCUGCGCAACGUAGUUCCUCCUAGCUUGCAACCGAACUACCUUGUCUCAAGCCAAAAUAUGGAGUACGUUCGGGAGCCCCUUGGUAUGACCAAUAGCAAAGUCGGGUAUGUCUAUCUCAUCGACGAGAAUCUGAGAAUUCGAUGGGGAGGCUGUGCGGAUGCAACUGUGGAGGAAAGUCAAGCUCUGGAAAGUUGCACAGGAGUGCUGUUGAAGAGAUUGGAAAAGAAGACACCUCCCUCAACUUGA